AUGGUGGCCCUGAAAUUUGCCCAGCCUCCACGGCAGUCUGGCUACUGCAUGCAUGAUGGUCUUGCUCUAUGGAAGGUCAUUUGUAGCCCAGUGAAUGCUUUGGGAUAUUCUGGAGAGGAGAGGAUCCUCUUUGCAAGCUCGGUGCUUAACCUGGCUGAACUCACUGCCCUCCGCCCUGACCUUGGCAAAUUGAAAAAGGUCCUCUACUUCCAUGAGAACCAAUUGGUAUAUCCUGUCCAGAAAUGCCAGGAAAGGGAUUUUCAGUAUGGAUACAACCAGAUUCUUUCAUGUUUGGUUGCUGAUGUUGUGGUGUUCAACUCUGCUUUUAAUAUGGAAUCAUUUCUUACAUCCAUUGGAAAAUUUAUGAAGCUGAUUCCUGACCACAGACCUAAGGAUUUGGAAGAAAUAAUUAGACCAAAGUGCCAAGUUCUUUAUUUUCCAGUCAGGUUUCCUGAUGUGAGCAGGUUCAUGCCAGAACAUAAGCUUGCCCAUUUUGAAAAAGUAAUUGCUGUUAAAAGAUAUGGAAUUGCUUAUCAAACGGUGGGUCUGCCUGGCCAGCAGAAGUGCAGAGCUUUAAUGAAAACCAGCAACGGAGCUAGCAAGUCUGGACUUUGUGAAGUCCAGCCUAGACUUCAUACCACACAGCAUGAGGGGCUGCCUUCCGCAUUAAUAGCAGUGGCGAGAUUGAACAAGUCUGAAGCAUCAGAAAGUACAAAUCCUUGUCAAGAAGAUAAGCAACAUCUGACUUUUAACCUCUCUAAUAUCUUGAGUGGACAGGACUAUCAGCAAAGACCUUUACACAUUGUCUGGCCUCACAGGUGGUGA